GUCGCGCGGUCCGUCGCGCGCCACGCCUGGACCACGGCGCCGCGCAACGCGCGGCUGCAGAUCGUCGCCUCGGUCGCGUGCCUCGUCGCCGCCAAGGCGCUCACGGUGUCCGUGCCGUUCCUCCUCCAGGGCUGCGUCGACGGCCUCGUGUCGCGCGACCGGGCCGCGGCGGUCCGCGCGACGGCGCUCUACUGCGGCGCGCGCGUCGCCGUCGUGUUGGCGUCCGAGGCGCGGUCGCUGACCUACGCGCACGCGAGCCAGCAGGCCGUCCGCGGCUACGCGCGCGAGCUCUUCGGGAGCCUGCACGCGCUGGGCCCGGCGUUCCACGCGCGGCACCCGACGGGCCUGCUCUCCGUCGCGUUCUCCCGGGGCGCGCGGGGCUUCCAGACGCUGCUCUUCCAGCUCCUGUUUUCGGUGCUCCCGACGCUCGUCGAGCUCGGCCUCUCCGCGGCGGUGCUCGGCCGCCGCUUCGGCGCGUCCGUCGGUUUGGGCACCGUCGCGACGUUCCUCGCCUACGCGGCCUUCACCGCGCGGGUCAUCGACGCCAAGGUCCGCGUGAAGCGGCGCCUCGUCGCCCUGGACAACGCCAAGUCCGCGUACCUCGUCGACUCGCUCGGGGGCACGGAGACGGUCAAGCUCUUCAACGGCGAGGCCGUCGAGGCGCUGCGGUUCGACGACUUCCUCCGGUCCAUGGUCCGCGCGUUCGUCGCGAGCUCCCGGGUCAACGGGCUCCUCAACGUCGGCCAGGCGUUGAUCUUCUCCGCGGGCCUGGGCGGCUGCCUCCUCCAGGCCACGCGACACCCGGGCGCGCUGACGCUCGGCGACGUCGUCGCCGUGAACGCGCUCCUGCUCCAGCUCGCGCAGCCCAUGAACUUUCUGGGCUACACGGCGUCGGAGAUCAGGCAGAGCCUCGUCGACAUGCGCGUCACGGAGGACAUCCUCGCCGCGCGGCGCGCGGAGGACGCGCGCCGCGGCGGCGCCGCGGCGCGCGUCGACGCCGCCGCCGCGCCCGGCGUCGCCUUCGACGACGUCGCGGUCGCCUACGACGGGAGCCGCGCGCGCGCGCUCGACGGCGCGACGUUCUUCGCGCCGCCGGGCAAGACGACGGUGCUCGUCGGCGCGUCCGGGUCCGGCAAGUCGACGGCGCUCCGCGUCGUCGCCAAGCUCGUGAACGUCGACGGCGGCGCCGCGCGGCUCACGUACGCGCGCGGCGACGUCGACGUCGCCGACGCGGCGCCGGCCGACCUCCGGGCCGCGCUCGCCGUCGUGCCCCAGGACUCGCGCCUCUUCGACGAGUCCGUCUGGUACAACGUGCGCUUCGGCGACAUGGCCGCGGGCGACGGCGCCGUCGACGCCGCGCUCGCCGCCGCGCGGCUCGGCGGCGCCUUCGGCGGCGCGGACCCGCGGGCCGUCCGCGUGGGCGAGGGCGCGUGCCGCAUCUCCGGCGGCGAGCGGCAGCGCGUCGGCGUCGCGCGCGCGCUGCUCCGCGACCCGCGGCUCCUCGUCGCCGACGAGCCGACGUCCGCCGCGGACCCGGAGACGGAGCGCCACGUGCUCCGCGCGCUCGCCGCGGCGGACGACCGCACGGUGCUCAUCGCCGCGCACCGCCUCGCGGCGAUCACGCCCAGAGCGGACCACGUCGUCGUCUUCAGCCGCGGCCGCGUCGUCCAGCAGGGCACGCACGCGGCCUUGCUCCGCGACGAGAACGGCGAGUACGCGCGCCUCUGG